AUGUUACUUCCUAUAUUUGAUAGUCACUCAGCUCUUUAUGGAUACGAGCUCGUUGUACACAGACUUCUUCUACCUGAUGCUUGGAUACUUCAACACUUCCCAAACAUUAUUGGCUGGGAUGAGGUGCCUACCUACACUGAGCUCAUGCCGCAUGCCAGUGCAUUCAACCCCCUCAGAGGGAACCAGGUGUCGAAUCCUUACAGGCGCGGACUUGAUCGGAUUGCUGCCGAGAACGUACGUUAUGACUGUUAUGCUGAGCACCGGGAGACGGUUCCCUUUGAUGAGAUAGCAAUGUAUUUUGGAUGGUUCGCCGUCAGCUCGACCAUCAUUGUAUGUUAUCUCCCGGAGCACGUCAUGCGUCAGUUUGGCUACGCACAAACGAUGCCUCACAACCCUACAGUCUCCGCUCCUAUCACCAUGACUCGUCGGCAGUUAGAUGAGGUCUUUGCAGACAAGGAGCAUCACAUGGUUCCUGAGGAGGCUCGGGCGACGAGAGCAGAGAAUGAUUGGAGCUGUGUCGAGGGGUACAUCACCUGGUACUACAGAGUGUCACACCCAUACAUGAUUCCCGCUGCACAUGGAGAUCCGCCCAGACCAGCCCACGAGGAGAUUCUGCAGGCUCAUCAGGCUGAGUUGGACCACACUCACGAUCUUCUUCCUCGGUGUCGUCAGAUAGCUGACACGGGCCUGGGAGCCAUUGCAGAUGGUUUAUUCUCUAAGGGGCCUGAAGAGAGGCGUGUGGUGGAUGUUAUGAUUAGGCUGACAUAA